AUGACGCAGCGUCUUCGACUCGCUUCGUUCGGUUCAAACGUCUAAGCUAGAAGCUGAAGAAGCGCCGCUGUUUGCUCGUGUUUGGGGUUUAAACUGGUUUAUUUCAGAAAAUCUGAGCUAAAUCAUCUUAUUUCCUGUUUUAUUUCAGGGUUUUGUUUUUUUUACCGAUCCGGGUCUUUGUUUCGGUCACGUGAUCUGGUGAAGGCCGUCACCAUGGUGACGCCGGCUGCGCUGAAAAUGGCGGCGACAGGCAGAGUUUAGGUUGUUUUUCGGUUCGGUUCCGGUUGAAUCCGGUGAAACUUCGACACCAGAACCGUGAAGAUGUUCGCUGAUGAAGAUCUGGACCCUGUGAGGGUGGAGUCGGUGUGGAGGAAACCCCAGCAGGGGGCGCAAGAGUCGAGAGCCUGUCAGACCCCCGCUGUGACCACCGAGCAUGCUGGAGUCCAGACCGGGUCCAAAGCCUCCAGGUUCACCCAGACGGAACCACAGGAGCAGAUGGACCCGAAGCGAGCCGUCAGUGGUUCUGGUUCUGAUCCACCCGGGCUGGUGGACUUCCUGAGGCGCGUGGAGGAGCUGCUCAUCCGGGAGCUGGAGAAGAACUCCAGGAGUCACGCUUUUGACGGGUUCCGGGCAAACUGGGAGGAGAGAAGCCAACAGGUCUCCCAUGUCCACAGGCUUGAACACCCCGGCGCUCAGGAACAAGGCCUGCAUGUGACGGCCGUGUCCUGGAGCUGCACCGGGUCGGUCAUCGCCUGCGCCUACGGUCGAACCGACGACGGAGACUGGACCAACCAGAAGUCGUGUGUCUGCCUGUGGAACCUGGACCGCCGCAGCCUGAGGCCCAAACAGCCGGACCUGGUUCUGGACGUUCCUGCGGCCGUCACCGCCGUGUGCUGCCACCCGGAGCGGCCCGCGCUGAUCGCAGGAGGCCUGUUCAGCGGGGAGGUGGUGGUGUGGGACACCAGCCGGACUCAGGACCCGGUUCUGGCCCAGACCGGGAUGUCAGCGGACAGCCACAGGGAGCCGGUGUAUCAGGUGUUCUGGGUUCCGCUGGAGAAGAAAGGAGAGUUUGGAGUUCUGAGCUCCAGUUCUGGAGGCGGGGUUCUGCUGUGGACGGUGGACCCGGACCAAGGCAGGAUGGUUCUGGUCGCUGCGUACGCCUUCGUACAGCAGCAGGUUCCCCACAGCGCCAGUCUGAAGGUCCGCGGCGGCAGCAGCACGGUGGGCGUCACGGCGACGGCUCUGUCUCCGUGGGACCCGGACACGUUCCUGGUCGGGUCCGAAGGCGGCCUGCUGCUCCGCUGCGCCUUCUCCUCCCAGACGCCGGCCGCCGUGACCUCCGAGGGUCGCAGCGUGACCCCCAGGGCGCCGGCCGUGUUCUCCUUCAGGCCGUCCGGGGGCCCGGUCCACUCCGUCCACUGCUCGCCGUUCCACCGGAACCUGUUCGCCAGCGCAGGGACCGACGGCCUGGUCCAGGUCCGCUCGCUGCUGCAGGCCGACCCGCUGCUGUCCGUCCGGGUCUCGGACUCCUACGUCUUCCAGGUGCAGUGGUCCCCCAGCCGGCCGCUGGUGUUCGCCGCCGCCACCGGGCCAGGUGAGGUCCAGAUCUUCGACCUGGCCCGGAAGUCCCUGCGACCCGCAGCAACCAUCCAGGACGGCGCUCCGGGUCGGGCCGCCACCUGCCUGGCCUUCAACGGCCAGAACCCCCGGCUGCUGGCGGCGGGGCGGUCCGACGGGUCGGUCGGCGUCUGGAGGCUCAGCUCGGACCUGACGGAGCAGCGGCCCGCAGAGAGCCUGCAGCUGGAGCAGAUAGCCAAUCAGGUGGCGGAUUGACGGGCCUCUCGGCCAAUCGGGUGAA